AUGACUACAGCUUCUAUAACCACCCUUGGUGCACCCACAGAGACAAGCACAAAGCCUGUAACUGUGGAGACAACAGAGCCAACAACAACCAAAGUUCCUCCCUCCUGGUGUAUCGACUACAGCCGAUACCACCGGUACCUCUCUCUCACCGACCUCCACCGUUCACACCGUAACCACCAACACCAGAACCCCUUCAAAACACAGCCCAGUAUCAACUCACCAGACCACCCUCACUACUCUCAGAACUACGCCGUCCACACGCCCGGAGACAACACCACCACCUGUUUUCACGGCAUUAAGCCACCAGUUGCUGUGCAGCCCAUUACUACUGUCAGCAGUGUUGAGUCAACACCUGCAGCUGUCACUCCUUCAGCCUCCACAACCACCACUACCAGCAGGCCGGCUAGCCCUGGCCUCUCCACAGCACGCUCCACCCCGGGUCCCCCUAGGCCCCUCACCACCACCACUACCAGCAGGCCGGCUAGCCCUGGCCUCUCCACGGCACGCUCCACCCCGGGUCCCCCUGGGCCCCUCACAACCACCACUACCAGCAGCCCGGCUAGCCCUGGCCUCUCCACGGCACGCUCCACCCCGGGUCCCCCUGGGCCCCUCACCACCACCUCCAUCCAGCCUCCCUACACCACCACCCCUUCAGACACAGUCCCCACCACUGCAGCCACCACCACCAUUCCUAUUGUCUCAACUUCUGCUUUGGAUGCUCUGACCACCUCUGCUAAAGUACCGACCACAGUGACUGAUAAGGUGGUUCUGCCCAGCACCUCUUGGGCCGUACCGACUCCAGAGGGAACCAGUGCAGCAGCAACACCCUCACCUCCAUCCUGGGCCACCACAGUCAGACCUGAGGUGGUGGAGGUUGUAUCUACAGUGAAGACAUCUCCAUCCUUACCCUCCWCUACAGAAGGCAGUACAGAGAGGACGACCAGGGCCCCCAGCUCCACACCCAGCCCCYUAGGCCCCAGCACAGAGAGGACCAGCCAGGUCCCCUUCUCUAUCACAGCUCUGUUCUGGCUCACGUCCUCCACCACCAGGCCCUCUCUACGCCCAGGGCCUACAGACACCACAUUCACCAGCCCCCCUCCAUCCACUACCAUGGGCCCCUGGAUAAGCUCCACYGUGGGRCCUACWMAGACCAGCACCCUGCCUGCAGUACCAGUCACCCCCACCAGUGUGAYCACMAAGGCCACCACACGUCCAGGAGACACAGUGACUCCAGUCUCAACCACCUCUAGUCCACRGCCAACCACAGUAUCAGAGACACCCAGGGACACAGCUUGGACUACAACUAGGACUACAACCAGGACUACAGCCAUGACUACAGCUUCUAUAACCACCCUUGGUGCACCCACAGAGACAAGCACAAAGCCUGUAACUGUGGAGACAACAGAGCCAACAACAACCAAAGUCCUCCCUCCUGGUGUAUCGACUACAGCCGAUACCACRGUACCCUCUCUCUCACCGACCUCCACCGUUCACACCGUAACACCAACACCAGAACCCACUUCAAAACACAGCCCAGUAUCAACCUCACCAGACACCCCUUUCACUACUCUCAGAACUACGCCGUCCACACGCCCGGAGACAACACCACCACUUGUUUUCACGGCAACCACAGAGAAGACCGUUCACGCCUCCCCUACAGAGCUGAGGACGUCCACAACUCCAGUUCCUGAGCUACCGACUACCACCGCUGUUCCCAUGCUGCCAACGACAACAACAAUAUCAACCGGUCUUACCUCAGAACAGCCGGAGACAACCAAGAAAACAACGAGAGCACCGGUCUCAACGGCAACAACGGAACCCUUGGCAACGACCCGUAUAACCAUGACAMCGGCUGUAGUCACACCUGUGAUUGUCGUAGACACGGUAACAACAACAUCUCACCUGACAACAACAGCUACGGCCUACACUGAAAGGACCUCCUGGUCUGGCGCUGUUCCGACCACRGAGAGAACCACCGAACACACGACCACAACCGCAUACCCKACCGAAGCUGUGGACUGGAGACUGACCACUACUACCGGUCCCCCGACCRUACGGACCACAACAACUCAACCCAUACCAACGGAAAUCUCCAGUACGACCACCAAACCUCCAGACCUUCUGGUAACCACCACAGAGUCCACCCAGACCACCUUCACGCUCUCCUUCCAUCUCGACCACAACAGAAGCAAUGACCACAACCACAUCGCCUGUAUCACCGGUGUCACACACAGAGACCACCACGACCGUGCCAGGUCACCAGUGGCUGUAGGGACCGUAACGACCCACCCCCCACCACACUGAAGACCACGGAACCUUGGAGCCCCCCACAGGAAACCUCCUCCUCUCCUUCUGCCCUAUCUCUAGCACAGAGAGGGUGACCACACCUGAGGUCCCAGUGAUCCCUGAGGUCGUCUCCACACCAAGUCAUCUCCACUACCACCACUGAUGCCUUCACCACGUUGCUACAGCGGCCAGGCGUCACCACCACAACCUCAGUUAUCCAUGACGACCACUGCCAAAACCACCACAGCUCCGCCCGAGACUUCAACCGGCGCAGUGUCAACCUCCAGGACAGAGAGAACUCCUGCGGACACCCCAAUCCCCGGCCGUGCCUGGUGUACCUGGGAACCAGCAUUAUCUCUCACCACAACGGUCCCCAUGACAACUGUCCCACCUUUACCUGGUGUCAUACGACCACCAUCACACCUGUACCUGGUGUCCAGUGACCACUGUCCCACCUUUACCUGUGUCCAUACGACCACCAUCACACCUGUACCUGGUGCCAGUGACCACUGUCCCACCUUUACCUGGUGUCCAU